UUUUCAUUGAUGACCAAUGUCAUUCUUAUGAAUUGUAUGCAAUGAGACUUAAAAUUAUUUUUCGUCGUGAUGGCGAGGCAAUUUCGCGCAAGAAAUCGUUUCUUAAAUAAUAUUUCGUAUGGAUGAAAAGAAACUAAUAACCUAAUCCCUAGAGGAUUACAACUUCUUGGAGUUUGCGAACAUGUAAACGUGUAGAAAUAGAUACGACUGUAGAAAAAGAGCCGCGCAUAGAUGGGAUAAAUCGUGUGAUCUAUUUUUAUAAGGGAUUUCAUACAGUUAUCCUUCCUGGAUCUCUUGCAGAUCUUGAUCUUUUCUUCUAUAAAAUUUUGUCAGUGGAUCGAUCGAAAUGACGGAAAAAUUACCCGAGGAGAUAACAAAGUUGGGUUUUCGUCGAAAAAUGUGGGAUUAUAUGGCAAAGAAUGAAUUGGUAAACUUUCCUGUUAAUAUAUACAAACGUAUCCCAAACUUCAAGGGUGCUGCAGAGGCAGCGCAGCGAUUGGUUGAAUUGGAUGAAUUUAAAAAGUCACGAACCAUAAAAAUAAAUCCAGACAAACCACAAGAACCAGUACGGUUUUUAGCUCUGGAGGCCAAUAAGGAGAUUAUUGUGCCUAUUCCCAGAUUAAGAUCUGGCUUAUUUUUACAUGUGAUACCAGUUGCUGGUGCAACAAAGGAACAAUUAAAAAUACUGGCUUCUAUGCGUGGCCUAGAGCAAGCGGGUAAACCACUUGGACUUGAUUCUAAUAUCAAGGUAGAUCUCAUUGUACUGGGAUCUGUAUGUGUUAGUCGAGAUGGAUACAGGCUUGGUAAAGGGGAAGGUUUUGCGGAUCUCGAAUUUGCGAUGAUGAUGAGAAUGGGUACAAUAACAGAAAAUACAGUCGUUAUCACGACAGUACACGAUUGUCAAAUUGUAGAUUAUUUACCGCCACAAUUGUUCAAAGAAUAUGAUGUACCAGUAGAUAUAAUUGUUACACCGACACAAACUAUAUUUGUAAAGCCGAGAUUAAAAAAACCAUCUGGCAUACUGUGGCAUAUGCUCAGUGAGAGAAAACUCAAAACCAUGCAGGUAUUACAGCAACUCAAAGAGAUGGAUGAAAAAAAUGGCAAGAUGAUAAUUUUGAAGGAAGUUGAUUCCGAUAUUGAGACACAUCGAUAUAUAAAAAAUCGUGUUAAAUAUCCGAAAAACAAAAAACGUUUUAAUAUAAAAAAAGAUGCAUCUAACGUGGAAAAAUCUACUGUAGAAGGUGCCAAAGAUAAAAUUCUUAAGUCACGUUUCCCACGAAAACGUACUUAUAAGAAAGCUGAAGAAGAGAAUAAUAUUUCUAAUGCCGAAAUGAAAAUGGAAAACGUCAAGAGUGCCCCCCGACGACGAAAAAAUCUUCGUGCUAGGACGAAAGCGCAUAUAGACUUCUCUUUAAAGCUUUCAAAUAUCUCGUCUGGUGUGAGAGUUCGUGAUUUGAAAAAUGCUCUGUUGGAACGUGGCAUUAAGCCGAGUGAGAUAACUUGGCAAGGCUAUCGCGGCAUUUGUUAUCUUCACUUUAGCAAACUCAGAAAUGAAAAUGCUUUACCAGAUCAACCAAUACAAGUAGACUCAAUCGUAGCGAAUUUACAGCAGCUUCGAAUCGGUGAGUUUAUGAAUAAUGAGGAAGGUUUUAUACAUGUGGAGCCCGCGAAACCGAUUUCCAGAAUUGAGGUCACUGAUGUGACGACUGUUUAAAUAUUUAAAUAAUUUAUUAGAAACUACAUGUAUUAUGUAGUUUCUUAAACGUUUACAUCGUUUCUAUGUUGAAUAUAUAUGUAUACCUUCCCCAAGGUUAAUUCUUUUUUCUAUAAUAAUUUCAUCAUAUAUAUAAAGUGUCUAUAUAGAUAAUGCGCAUUUCUCAUUACGAUUUUAAUGUUUACAGUUGCGAUUUUUAAUGAGUUCUGAAGAAUUAAUA